AUGUUCGUCCGGGUUCGUCCUGUCUUGUGGGCGGUUAUGGUUAUGGUUAAGGAGAUGGAGAUGAAUAUGGAGAUGGCUCAGGGUCAAGGAUGGGGAACGCCGGUCAGGCCCUCCCUCGUUAUUAUGGAUGCUCCAGGGAUCACGCCGAUCGGGGCAAGCACCAUCGGCUUCCCCGGCGGCGGGCGGCUUCCAAUUUUUCCCUCGCUGCUUUUCUUGUCACCUCCUGGAUCAUCACGUUACGAAUUACCGCAAGUUCUCUCUCUUGAUCUUUUUACGUGUCCCGGCAGUCAGGACGGGGUCCCGCCAGCUGACCCCGAUCUGGCCGCCCCGCGCGCCUCUGCCCCAGAGGUACUUCCGCGCUCGGCUGAAGUGUUACUGCGGCGGAAGUACCGCGCGCCUUCUGGCAUCCCUGCUUCGACCUGCCGGAUCGGGCACACGCCCUUCCAAGAGCCCUGA